CAGUUUCUUCCUUCUUCUUCACCAUCAUGUGAUUCCAUCAACACAGCUCAAUCUCCUCAUGAUCAAUUCUCUCUUCUCUCACAUUCGUUAGAAGAAGAACGAUCCAUUUUAACCUGCUGUAUUCAAAAUGUUGACUAGAGCCCUGGGACGAGUUCGAAUCUCUGGAUCGACGAUUCAACGAUCGAAGAAUCAUUUCACUGGAGUUUUCGAUAAUUCGAAAUUGGAUACGACGAUUGGUGCUUCCCGUGGAAGAAGACGGUUGUCGAGCGAGAGCGGGAAACGAUUUGCGGCGAUGUGGGGGAGUGGAGAUUACGGAAGGUUAGGGCUAGGGAGCUUGGAGUCUCGGUGGAGACCCGCCGUUUGCUCUGCGUUGAGUGAUCACAGUAUUAGAGCUCUCGCUUGCGGCGGAGCUCACACUCUUUUCCUCACCGAAACAAGGAGAGUCUUUGCGACAGGUCUUAAUGAUUGUGGCCAACUUGGUGUCUCACAUGUUAACACUCAUGCUUUGGAGCCGCUUGAAGUUUCUGGAAUUGAAAAUGAUAUACUGCACAUCUCAGCUGGUUAUUACCACUCUGCUGCUAUCACAGUGGAUGGGGAACUCUACAUGUGGGGAAAGAAUACUAGUGGACAGCUUGGACUUGGAAAAAAUGCUGCAAGAGUGGUUCAUGUACCAACCAAAGUGCAGGCUCUGAAUGGGAUCACCAUCAAAUCAGUGGCUUUAGGAUCAGAGCAUUCAGUUGCUGUUACUGAUGGAGGUGAAGUCCUGAGUUGGGGUGGAGGAGGAUCUGGAAGACUUGGCCACGGUCACGAGUCCAGUUUUUUUGGCAUCUUAAAAAGUAAAAGUGAGUUUACUCCAAGGCUUAUCAAGGAACUUGAGGGGAUUAAGGUUAAAAGCGUUGCUGCUGGUCUGCUGCAUACAGGAUUUGGAGGAGUAAGGAAUGCUACAACACCAUCUAUUAUCAGUGAAGUGCCAUACGCAGAAGAAGUUGCAUGUGGUGGUUACCACACAUGUGUUGUCACAAGAGGUGGGGAACUAUACACUUGGGGUUCAAACGAAAAUGGGUGCCUUGGCACAGAGUCAACAUAUGUCUCACACUCCCCUGUGAGAGUCGAAGGUCCUUUCUUGGAAUCAACUGUAACUCAUGUAUCUUGUGGGUGGAAGCACACUGCAGCCAUUUCAGAUAACAAAGUCUUUACCUGGGGCUGGGGAGGUUCUCACGGCACUUUCUCUGAUGACGGACACUCCUCCGGUGGACAACUGGGACAUGGUAGCGAUGUAGACUAUGCGAUACCAGCAAUGGUGAACCUGGGAAAGAAUGUAAGAGCAGUGCAUAUAUCUUGUGGCUUUAAUCAUACAGGAGCAGUUCUCGAACAUUUUUGAAGACUCCAUGGAAUACAUUUCAUAUACAUAUACAUAUGUUUUUGUUUCUUUAUGCUUUCUUAAUGUUUUGUACAUCAUAAUCAAAAGAAACUAAUGGAUCUCUAUUUGUAAGAAUAAUAUACUACAUAUAUAAAUUCUUCAACU